CGCCCCAGCCCCUUUUUUCCCCUCCGCGAUCUCCCGCUGACCAAGUUUGUCCCUUCCGCGCCUCCGUACCCGCCUCAACCACUCCGGAAGCGCCGCGCACCGGAAGCUCCCGCGCAGGGGGAGCGGAUUCGCUGCCGCACCCACCGGAAGUGGCGCCGCAGACCGGAAGUGGGGGCGGCCUCGGGCGCCGCACCGGGGGCGGCGGCGAGAGCGGCCCGGCCCUUCCCAGUUCCGCCCCCGCCCCAUCCCAGUAACGGCGCCGUCCCCUCCCAGCAGCGGGGACACCCCCGGGACCCUCCCGCGGCCAUGGCCGAGACCGCGGAGAGCGGCGGCGGCUGCGGCACCGCCACCGUCACCGAGAGCGGAACCGCGGAACCGGAGAACCGCAGCCUGACGCUGAAGCUGAGGAAGAGGAAGCCGGACAAGAAGGUCGAGUGGUCGAGCGACACCGUGGACAACGAGCACCUGGGCCGGCGCUCCUCCAAGUGCUGCUGCAUCUACGAGAAGCCGCGGGCGUUCGGCGAGAGCUCCUCGGAGAGCGAGGCCGAGGCCGAGGAGGAGGAGGAGGAGGAGGAGGAGGAGGAUGAAGAGCGGGGGGGGCGGGGCCAGGGCGAGGGGCGUGGCCCGGGCGGGGGGCGGGGCCCGGGCGGGGGUUAA